CAAUAUUUAUUACACGUAUUGUGUUCUGAGUUGUGUUUAUUUGUAAUUAUGUGGUCAAAUACGUAUUAAGUAAACUCCAAACCGUAAAGUAAACGGUGAACGUUUAAUAUGUAAAUAUUAGAACUUAUCAAAUAUAAUAAUUAAACAAAAAUGAGGGUGCGAAGGGCCAUAGCCUUAGUAGGUGUUUUUCUAAUUUUUUUGGCAUGUUUUAUGAUUUACGUAGCAAUGGACAUGACUGUAUUUCCCAAUCGCAGAACUUCCAUACACGAAGAAUACCAAGAGAAUAAAUGGUUACACUUUGAAGAUCGUCUAAAGCAGUUGGAAAGCGAUUUAAACAAACACCACGAAGAAGUGGGGGAAAUUAAGGAAGCCAUAAAAGUUUUGGUUCCGGCAACCAAUACCACUCCAAAGUUAGUUAAAAAAGACGGUUUCAAAGUAGAGCAUUUGGUUAGUAAGAUCCCGUCUUCGGAGAUUAUUUUUGAUGCGACUUGUCCAUUCCAAGUGAAUACUAAUCCAAAAACUGACAUUCAGAUGUUAGAAUUAUAUAAGAAAUUAUCCUUUGAUAAUCCAGAUGGAGGGGUUUGGAAACAGGGAUGGAACAUAGAAAUUAAUCCGUCAGAUUGGAAUAAGCAGCACAAACUUAAAGUGUUUGUUGUACCCCAUUCGCACAAUGAUCCAGGUUGGAUUAAAACAGUUGACGAAUACUAUCUAUCACAAACAAAACAUAUUCUCAACAACAUGAUUACCAAACUUACCGGCGAUCUUAGGAGAAAAUUCAUAUGGGCUGAGAUAUCAUAUUUUUCAAUGUGGUGGGACGAUUUAGAACUCGCAGAUCGCGAGAAUGUUAAAAAGCUUAUUCAUAAUAACCAAUUGGAAAUUGUUACCGGCGGAUGGGUUAUGAACGAUGAGGCAAAUUCUCAUUGGAUUUCAAUUUUGCAUCAAAUAACAGAGGGACAUCAGUGGUUGGAACGGAAUCUAAACUACACACCCAAAAGUCAUUGGUCAAUUGAUCCAUUUGGAAUGAGUGCCACGCAACCAUUUUUACUAAAAGAAAUGGGAUUGCAAAAUAUGCUAAUACAAAGAGUACAUUACUCAGUUAAAAAGCAGUUGGCUCGUGAUACAAAUUUAGAAUUUCGGUGGAAGCAAGUGUGGGAUAAUCUGGGAACAACUGAAAUAUUUACCCAAUUGAUGCCAUUUUAUUCAUACGACGUUCCGCAUACAUGCGGGCCUGACCCGAAAAUUUGUUGUCAGUUUGAUUUCAAACGUCUACCCGGACACGGGCUACACUGCCCUUGGAAGAUAGCUCCUCAACAAAUAACCGACAAUAAUGUAGCACAAAAAGCUGAGCUACUGUUGGAUCAGUAUCGUAAAAAGUCCAUGCUGUACAAAUCCAACGUACUGCUGAUACCGUUGGGUGAUGAUUUCCGUUUCAGUCACUUAACAGAAUGGGACGUUCAGUAUGAAAACUAUCAAAAGUUGUUCGAUCACAUGAAUUCUAAUCCCAAAAUGUUCGUGCAGAUACAAUUCGGCACAUUAACUGACUAUUUCAAUGCUGUACAUGCAGAGAAGGGUUAUGAUCACUUUCCGUCGCUGUCCGGCGAUUUCUUCACAUAUGCAGAUCGAGGCGACCAUUAUUGGAGCGGUUAUUUCACUUCCAGACCAUUUUAUAAACGAAUGGACAGAGUGUUAUUAUCUUACAUUAGAGCUGCCGAAAUUAUACUAACAUUGGCGCACUUAAGUGAACAACCUAGCAGUAAUGGAAUCGCAAGCGAGCAGGGUGGUUUUGGUAAAAUCAUGUCAAAUGCCCGGAGAGAACUCGCUUUGUUUCAGCAUCAUGAUGGUAUAACGGGUACAGCAAAAGACUAUGUUGUCGUCGAUUAUGGCACGAGAAUGUUGAAAGCGAUUCAGGACUGUCAAAAGAUACUACAGCACUCUACCAAUUUCUUACUCACGGGAAGUCGGAGCGACAUUACUAAAAAUGACGUGAUACACUACAAUGUUGAUGAUGUUCGGCAUAGCCAUGAUAAGUUAAGUGAACGGCACACUAUCACAAUAGGACCAGAACUUAGCAUUAAAAAACUGGUAAUUUUUAACCCAUUACCGUACGCAAGACGCGAAAUUGUCUCAUUCCUGGUAUCCACACCAUUUCUAGAGGUACUAAAUUUCAAAGGCAAAAAAAUUAAAUGUCAAAUUUCUCCAGUAUUCGAGUAUGGUUCCAUGUCAAAUUCAAAGUAUAAGUUGUUCUUUAUCGCAAAUAUUCCCGCAUUUGCUUUAGUUUCUUACACAAUUAAUGCGAUCAUGGAACAUGAGGUUCCAAAGGAAACCGUACAUUCCACAAUUAAGAUUUUUAAUCAAUACGCUGAGGUGAAGUCUCCAACGGGCUUCCCGAAAAUACAAGUCUCUCCCAGUGCCAGUGAGUUUGUCUUGCAGAAUGCUCGAAUAUCAGCCGCAUUCAGUAGUUUGGGACUUUUGAAAGCUAUAAAGGUAGCCACAGUUACUACACCUGUACAUUUAGAUUUUGUCAAAUACGGCGCCAGGUACGGCGAAGAGAGGAGUGGGGCUUAUCUAUUCCUUCCCGAUCGUGACGCAUCUCCAAUAGCGAUUGAAAAUACCGUUGUAAAAGUUGUCGAAGGUCCAUUAGUUUCGUUUGUUAGUGUACAGCUGCCUAAUGUUCACCACACCACCACUCUUUACAACACGCCAGGAGCCGAUGGUCUUGGUCUGGAGAUUCAAAAUUUAGUUGACAUAGAACGGACUUCCAAUUUUGAAAUCGCAAUGCGAUUAUCCACAAAUAUUAACAGUACAAAUGAAUACUUUACAGACUUAAAUGGAUAUCAGAUUCUCCGCCGCAUACGUUUCUCAAAACUCCCAUUACAAGCAAAUUAUUAUCCGAUGCCAGCAAUGGCGUACAUCGAGGACAAAAAUGUCAGAUUGACAGUGGUAACGGGUACACCGUUAGGUUGUGGGUCCCUGCGUGAAGGGCAGAUUGAGGUUAUGAUGGAUCGUAAACUGAAUCAAGACGAUCAUUUAGGUUUAGGACAAGGUGUCACGGAUAACCAUCCGACGGAACACAUUUUUAGAAUUAUUUUGGAGAAGAAGACUCAUAAAUGUGAAACGACUGCCGAUAAUCAUCCCUCAGGUUUUCCAUCGCUGUCGGCGCACGUCGCGUCGCAGUCGCUCUUAAAUCCUUUGAUUCGUAUGUUGAAAAAUGAUGAGGAUGAAACGGAUCCGACACCUGCGUAUCUCCCAGUUACUCACGAUUUUGGUGUAGAUUUCACAGUGCCCAGCUUAAGAACGGGCAUUGAAGUGAACGGGAAGGAAUAUGUGGGUGUCAUUGUCCAGCGUCAACAUUUGGACGUUUGUUUUAGUGAUAGGGUACUACUGCAGCAAUUUCCUUUAAGUCACGGAACGGUGAAUCUCAAAUCGUUACUUCCCCCACUUCCUGAGGGUGUGGCGUUGCAUAAAUCUCUUCUGUCAUUUUUAAAUAUUGGCAGUAAAAUAUUAUUAAAUAGCGACAUAGAAAUGUGUCCGAUGGAUAUUCAAGCAUAUGUUCUGGAUAGGUGAAAUGCUAAAUCUUCUCAUUUUUUCCACACGGUUACUGUUAAGUUAAUUUAAUUGUUGAUCUGAUUUUUGAAGCUUAAUUUGAUAAUGGUAGCAAACACAGUAAUUCUGUUCGUACCAAAAUAGACGCUCUCAUUACUAAUUAAUGAAUCACAAUUUUUUGUUUGUGAUUUUUUAGUACAAAUUAGUUAAUCACGAUAUAGAUUAACAAUAAUUAAGCUUAAGCUCACUAGUUUUGUUUGUGAUAUUAAAGUAAACACAUAUCGUGAUUUGUAAAUAUCGAUUACCUUGUAGUUUGGUGUUAAUAAGUAGGAUAUUUACAUAUGGAUCCUGUUUGUAAAUAGUCAAUAGUUCUGUAACCAAAUAGUAAGGUCGUGCACUCUACACAUGUGACACAUGCUUUGAAAAAGCGCAACCAACCACAACAGGGUGUCUUAUGGAUAAACUUUAAAUUUGAUGUAAAAGACUGUUUUUUAUGUGAAUUUUUAAUGCUUUGUAAUUUGCGGACAAACAAUUUAAAUUAAACGGUGUCACGUUUUGUA